ACUUGAAAAAUGUGUGGCCAGCUUUUAUGUCGUAGCAGAUCGACUGCGAAUUCACAGUUGUUGCCUUUUUUGCAGCCAGUGAAAUAUUAUUGAUCCUUCCUAAAUAACGCAUUUUAAAUAUUCGUCAGUUGGUGCAGCUGCACGUUACCACCACAGGAAGCUGCUGGAAGUGCCGCUCACUGGUUGAGUGCUGAAAUUGUCGUUUUGCCUAAGAACAAUCUACACUUCGGCCCGCUCACAUUGACAAACAGACAACUGCCCUGCACUGACGCCAUGGAUCAUCCUCCCAGCACUAGUCAGCUGUUGGCCAGCAACGUCACAAAUAAGACCGACCCACGGUCACUGAACUCAAGGGUCUUCAUCGGGAACCUGAACACUGUGCUGGUUACCAAGGCAGAUGUUGAAGCCAUUUUUAGCAAAUACGGCAAGAUUGUUGGCUGCUCUUUGCACAAGGGCUAUGCCUUCGUCCAGUAUGCCAACGAGAGGAACGCACGGGCAGCUGUAGGAGGAGAGGACGGCCGAAUGAUUGUUGGACAGGUGCUCGAUAUUAAUUUGGCAGGAGAGCCCAGACCUCACAGGUCAAAAACAACAAAGCGAUCAGCUGGAGAUAUGUACAGCAGUAGUUCUACUUUCGAACUUGAUUAUGAUUUCCAGAGAGAUUAUUAUGACAGAAUGUAUUCAUACCCUUCCCAUGUGCCCCCUCCACCACCACCACCUCUAUCACGGGCUGUGAUCCCUUCCAAACAUUCACGGGUCAGAGUGAGUGGGGGAACCAGCCGCCGCACCAAGUCCAGCAUUUCCACUUCAUCCAAGAGCAGCCAACGGACAUCUUCUCAAACCCUGAAAGCAGAUGACCUCCAAACUAUUAAGAGAGAGCUUGCUCAAAUCAAACACAAAGUUGACUAUCUUCUGGAGAGUCUGGACAGGAUGGAGAAAGACCACAACAGGAAAUCUGAGGGAAAGAGUGUGAAGGCAGAAGUGGGUGAGGCUUCCUCCCUUCAGCAUUCCAGCAAGAAAGACAGAGAGAGGGAAGAGCAAGAGAUAAAUGAUUCUGAGGCGGAGAGAGAUUUGUUGGAAGAGGAGGAGGAUGAGGAAGAGGUUAAAAGCCAGGGAGGAGAGAAUGAAAAAGAGGAGGAAGAGGGUGAGCAUGAAGAAGGGGAAGAUGAUGGUGACAGCAACGGCUCAUAGGUUGUUUUAAACACCAGAGAUACGAGACACACACUCAAAAUUCAGCCCUUUCAGUUAUUUUGAAAGGUUGAAGCCAGACUUUUAAAGAUUUGUCUGUUAUGAUGUAGAUGCCUGCAAUCUUAUAAUAACUGACACUACAGUUACAUCAGUUUCACUGAUGUCAGUUUAUUUUUAAUGUUAGCAUGACAUCUGUUCAGGCUUUUGAAAUGUCCCUCAACCAUGAU